GAGCGUUCAAUUUUAUAACUGUGAGAUGCGUCUUCGUUUGUCUUCGGAUCACGGUGAUACGGAUGUUAUAUAUAAGUCUGACAUUUGUUGAUAUAAUUAGGUAAUUAUAACAGAGAUUAUUGGGUUAUCGUAGGCUUAAGAUAUGGCUGAAGGUGGGCAAGCAACUGAAUCCAGAACUGUUACUGAAACUUGUAAACAAACAUGUUCUAUAUGUUUGGAUAUAUUUCGUAAACCACACACGCUUCCCUGUGAUCACAAGUUUUGUGCUUUGUGUUUGAUCGGAUAUUUGCAAAAGUGUUUAAACACGGAAGAAAAGGAUAUAUUUCCAUGCCCAUUGUGUAGAUCCGAAAUACGUGUUUCAAAUUACAGGAAGGUAAAAAAUGAAGAUGUUACAAAAUUAGACCUACUUUCGUUUUCACAAAUAAACGUUGAAAACGAAAGUAGAAAAGAAUAUGAUGAUUCUUGCGAGCCUUGUAAAAGAGGCAAAGACAAUGUAAAAGCAACCAACUUUUGCUCAGAUUGUAACGAAAGUCUCUGUGCUGGGUGUGUUACUCACCAUCUACGUAAUAAGCUGACAUGUGGGCAUAAAGUGACGAGCUUGGAAGACAGUGAAAUCAAAGCAAAUACGGUACCACUAGACACAGAAUAUCACUUAAAGACAAAAUGCCAUUUGCAUAACAUCAAAAAAAUGAAAUACAUAUGCAUCGAUCAUGACAUUCUCUGUUGCAGCAAAUGUGUAAUAUCAGAUCAUAGAAAAUGCCUUGAUAUCCAAUCCAUUUCCGAAUUUAGUAAAAGUAGUCAGUGUGAUGAAAUGGUGCAAGAAAUAAAGCGUUUGUUUGAAAGUAUUUACAAAGAUAGUGAUAAGGUAAAAAGUGACCAAGUCGAAAGAAUUUCUAUUUUGACUAGUAAAGCGUCUGGCUAUGGGAAAACUAUCACCCAGUUAGAAAAAGAAAUGCAUAAAGAACUAUCAAACAUAUUUUGCACUCUGAAAACACCUGUUGUUGAUGAACUUAAAAAUCAAAAAGAGAGAUCAAAACAAGCUCUUGAAAGAGUGGAACAAUUAGAGUCUCGAAUAAGGCAUAUUAUGAAUAGUUUUGACUACAUGAAAGUCAGUAGUGAUGCCUGUUCGAACGUUGCUAUUUGCUUGGAAGUAUUAAAGCGAUUAAAAUCAGAGAGGAAAACAGCCAGUGAAUUAGUUGGAAGCCUAGCAAGCUCAACCCUUCAAAUUGAAACAGAAAUGGUGCCUGUUAUCAAACAUUUAACUGAAACUUUGCAAAGUGCUUGUCAUCGCUUGUCAUCAGAUGGAUGUGUAUUAAUUGCCCACGACAGGUCAGAGAGGCCUAAAUUAAGACAACAUAUAUCUGCAGCAGCAAAAAUAAAUGAUAUAACGAUUCUUCAAAAUGAAAAUGUUAUUAUUGCCUACAGCAAUAAGACACUGACUUUGACUGACUCUUGUCUUAAACCAAUCAUGCAUAUAACCAUGUCUUCACAACCCACUAGUGUAACAGAAUUCAGUCAGAAUAUUAUAGCAGUUGCCUUACCAGAAGAAGAAAAGUUGGCUGUAAUUACACUUUAUAGAAACAGUCACGGUAUGGACUCUUUUGAUAAUCCGUUCAUUUGUCUAGCCUCCGAUAGUCACAAACACGGUCGAAUCGUUGUAGCAUAUGCACAACGAAAGACCGGAACACUGUGUUACCAAAUCGUGAAAUCUUCAAUUAGCAAUGACUGGAAAGUGAUACCAUUACCGUUCUGUCAUAUCAACAAAAUUUGUGUCGAUGGCCUGGCACAAAUUAUAUAUAUUUCACAGUACAAGAUAAACAAAAUAACUGGUAUAAACUUGCAGGGAAAGGUGAGCUUUGUUUUCACACACCAUCAACUGCAUAUGCCCUUCGGGUUGUUUUUUGGUCAGCCAGACAAGCUAUAUGUUUGCAGCUACGGGACUCAGCAAGUCAACGAAAUUACUCCGUCCGCGAGGGAAUUUAAAGACGUACUUUGUAGGACUGAAGGACUAAGAGGGCCACUUGCUGUUGCAUUUAAUAAAGCGCUAACUCGUUGUUUAGUUUAUGAUGAUGACCAAGGGAAACAACUUAAACUAUUCGACAUGUAAGACAAAAAACGCCCGGAAGUGACUCAUCUGAACCUUUUGAUACAGAUAAUCCAACCGUGUUAUCUAAAACAUUUACAAAAGAACCAACAGAAUGCAACUACAGAAAAGGAAAAAUAAAAUGUUGGUUAUAAACAACGGCAGAAGCAGUAACAUAAAAGUAAAAACACUGUUUAGAUUAAAAGGAAACUUUCUCAAAUAGAUCGUUUCAAAUCGGAAUAUAUUUGGUACAAACCUUGUGCAAAUCAGAUGCAUUUGGCAGAUCAGUCAAAUACUUGAAUAUGUUUUACGUUAGGCGUUAUAUAAACAGGAUUUGUUUGUUAGAGGCGCCAUUCCGUGGCAUUAUUUCAUCCCCGGCGGGCACUUGGUACAACCAUCGACUUCCCGCAAGCCAGAUGAAUGGUUCCAUCGCAUGAAAAAACUCUACACCUAAGGAAUGGUUUCAAAUCAACAGCGAUGAGGCAAGUGACUCAAAGUCAGGGAAUAUAAAGAAUUACGCCUUCCUCUAUUUACAUUGUGUAAAAAUAUGUACCACAGUUUGAAAUUACUAAAAAAAGUGUGAAUGAAUAAUAAGUAUGUGCAUCAUGUGACAGUUGCUAAAAUAACCCCUCAAUAGUUUUAGUUUCCAUUCUCAUAUUUAAAUAAAAUUUGACCUAUAGGUAUCUAUAGAUUGUAUAUUUGGUCCGUCGGGUCAAGGUCAAUGUCAUAAUAAAUUGAUUAAUUUGCAUAUUUAGAAAAUUCCACAGCCACGCAAUAAUCUAGAGCGUUUGGCCAAAGUUAUCGUUUAUGAUGUGGAACAGAUGGUUUGGUAUUAAAAUCCCGGUCAGGGCCUAACUUUUUACUGUGAUAAAAAGUGGUCUUUUUGAAGCCAUUUGGUCCAGGUCAAGGUCUUAGUUAUUGAAAAUAGAUAUUUUCACUGUGAUCAUCGAAAGGGUGUAUAUUUAAGUUGAGAUUGACUUUCUGUCACCAAACUUGGUGAAUAGCAUGCUUUUAUGAAGAUUUAUAUCUGGAUCGUAUUUGGGAAUGGUUUGCGCAGUCUAUCGGGUAGAGGUUAAGAUUCACUGGUACUAAAACCAGAAAAAAAUGUUUCCACUCAACUUAUAUAAAAUGAUGGCUUUGGUCAGGGGUCACAUUUUAUGAUAUGGUCCACGAAGAAUUGCAGAUGUAGUAAUCCAUCCGUUUUCUAAUAUCUAUUAACAGUGAAUGUAGAAAUUUUGGACACGCGCAAGAUGAAAGGCUAGCUUGAUCCAUGUCUUUGAUUUUACAUUUGAUAUGGUCUACAAAUUUGUUUAUUUUACUCACUACAAUAAAUGCAGAUGGCGUAAUCUAUUUUUAUUGAUCAAUUGUAAUAGUGAAUGUAAACAUUUUGGAAACAUACAAGAAGACAGGAUG